AUGGAGCUACUGAUACGCAAUGUCUGGCGUUCAAAUUUUGAGGAAGAGAUGCUUUCCAUAGAAAGCAUAGUACACAUUUACAACCGAGUUGCCUUUGAUCCUGAAUUUCUUGGUUUUCUUCGCAACACACAGAGAAAUGCAUCCGAAACUGAUCGGUAUGAAGACAUCAAGUUCAAUGUCGAUAGCUUGAAACCAAUACAGUUCGGUCUCACAUUCACUGAUGCAGAGGGUAAUCUCCCUCACUCUGGUGGUGUUUGGCAAUUUAAUUUUAAUGAUUUUGAUCCCGUUAUCGACCUUCACUUGGCUACAUCCGUUGAGUUACUACUUCAGAAUGGAAUUGAUUUGGAGAAGAACAAGAGGGAAGGAUUUGAUAUUAAAGCAUUUUCUGCUCGGUUCAGAAACAUCAUAAGGUGUGAAGGACAUAGGAUUCAAUGGCUCACGUUUCAUGGGGUUUAUGAUAUUGCUUACUUCAUUAAGUUUUGUCAUGGGUUGUUAGGAGGAGAGUUGGGUCUCACACGUCUAGCCAAGAUACUCGAGGUGAAACAGGUCGGGGAAACUCAUCAAGGGGGUUUUGACAGCUUGAUCACGAGCAAUGUUUAUUCAAAGAUAAAAAAUGUUUAUCAACUGAUUGAAGGAGCUUAUGAAGGUUAUCUCUAUGGUAUUAACUUUAGAAAGAAAAAGUGGGUCCCACUUGUGCCACCCCAUCCCCAUUUCAUCACUGUAGUUCUAAAUGGAUAUUACCAUGAACAACCCUCUUUUGAGAUAGUCAGUAGUCCACUUAGGUGGCCUCCUUGUCAUGCAUUAGUUCCCACUGUUCAAGUUCCACACUGUCAAUAG